AUGCUUUUCCUUUGGGCGCUGGCGUUUAUUUUAAUCCUUCAGCAACGAGAUCUUCAAGCUGCUGCGGACCCUGUCAGUGUGUUACCUGGAAGUUUAGGAAGAGGAAGCUGGUGUGAUGAACAUGAUAAGAUCCACGAACGCUUAGAUAUUAUUGAAGAGAAGGUAAUAAAAACAGUAGAGCAUCUAGAAUCAGAAGUCAAGUCACUCCUCAACAUCAUCAAUGAGACAACUUCAAAUAUCCCCAUCGCUCCAGGAGCCCCACUUAUAGACAUUUUUGAUGGUAAGUAUCUAGUGGGAUAUAACAUAAGUUGA